AUGCUGCCGCCGACGUGGCUCUCGGGCGCCUUGCAGUGGCCCCUGUGGGCGUCUGCGUGUUGCCUCGGUCUGCUCGUAUGCCUGCUGUCGCUCCACGUUGUGGAGAAGCUAUGGGCUUUGGCGCGCUUCCAGCGACAAUAUCUGGUCGUCUACGGUCUCGUCAUGUUCGCCGACUGGCUGCAGGGCACGCACAUGUACAGUCUGUACCAGAGCUACGGUGUGAACGUGGGAGCGCUCUUCCUCACGGGCUUCCUGUCUUCUGUUGUCUUCGGCAAUUUCGUCGGCCCGUUGGUGGACAAGUAUGGCAGACGCAAGGCGUGUUUGGUGUACUGUGCAUUAGAGAUCGCCAUUAACUUGCUGGAGGGUAUCCCUAUGAUGGAAGUUCUCCUGCUUGGAAGGGUACUUGGUGGCAUCUCGACGUCGCUACUUUUCUCAGCGUUUGAGAGCUGGAUGGUCACCGAGCAUCGAGUACGAGGCUUCUCUGAGGGUCUGCUGGGGAAGACGUUUGCGCUCGGAUCUGAGAUCAAUGGUGUCGUCGCAGUGGUUGCUGGGCUUGUUGCACAAGUCACAGCAGAUGAAUUUGGAGAUAUUGGGCCUUUUCGCGCUGCCGUCGUAUUGACCGCUGUUGCUGCUGCAUUUGUGGUAUCAUGGAGUGAGAAUUAUGGGUCACGAUCCAAAUCCACCGGCAAGGAUGCUCAAAAGAAAAUUACUGAGAGCAGCAACGUCAAGUGUAGCAGUACCCUUAAUGCGAAUGCAUACGCCUUGGGGUUUUGCUACUCGCUCUUUGAAGGAGCGAUGUAUGUUUUCGUGUUUUUGUGGUAUCCGACGCUUGAAAGCGUACUUCCUAACGGUGUAUUACCAAGUGGCUUGGUUUUUUCGAGCUUCAUGCUAUGCAUCGCCAUCGGUGGCAAGUUGUUCGAUCUAAUCGAGAACUCUUGGCUUCGUGAAGAGCAAUUGCUGGUGCUGACCACCGCCACGUCAGCGAUCUCACUGCUAUCUCCAACGGUUACAGACGAUUACCAGUACAUUUUAGCAGGUUUUGUGGUGUUUGAGGUUUGCGUCGGUGUGGUCUCGCCCUGUUGCGCAACCCUCCGUGGCAGAUACUUCCCGAAGGAUCAACUGAGCACUACACUAUCCCUUUUUCGGCUGCCGACGAAUAUCCUGGUGGUAGUAGGAACUGGUGGUGCCAGCUAUUUGACCAGCGACCAGCUCUACUACGGAUGUACCGCUGUCCUUGUCAUAGCUACUGGAUGCGCUGAAAAGUUGGUUCGAUCCUCUUCCACUGAAUCGACUUCGCGAAGAAAGCUCAAGGCGCAAUGA